UAAAAAUAUCUGUGCAUUUGUUAUUUUAUAAAAACAUAUUCUAUGUAAAACAUAGGCUUGACUUUGAUAUUGAGAUCUCAGUGCUGCCUUUAAUGAGUUUGCAGCUUGAAUUUUUCACAAGGUAAGAGAUCUGUCUGUGUAUUUGGUGUUUUUUUUUAUUUUUUAUUUUUAUUUUUUUUAUGUACCGGUAAGUUUAUUUUAAAUGCAAAAUAUUGGCUUUUGACAAUAUUUGAGGUUUAUGGAGAACACUCACUAAGCAGAUCCCACCGUUUGGUUUAUGAUACCAAAUUGUGCAAUACCAAGUUUUGGUUGCAUCUUUUGAAAUCAUAUGUUUGUGACACUGGUCUGUUCUCGUGAAAAAAUGGCUAAAUAUCACCGUCGUGGGAUCUGCUUAGUGAACUCCUCAUGUCUUGUGACUGCUGUUGCCUUGUUUCCAGGUAAUGGGGCAUCACAAUGCAAACCUCGACCCUCUUGGCAUCAGUUGUGUAAAUUUUGAUGAGGCCCCAGUAGCUAUUGGGUACCAACAUGUUGGUGAGAAAUGUUUUCUGUGACCUACAUCUCGACAGACCACCAUUAAUGAGCCUGUUUUGUGUGAUUGUCGCUUUCCCCCUUCCCUUUAUCUCUCUCUCUCCUAUUUCCUCUUUCCCUGGUUUUUCACCACUUAAUCCCCCCUGCCCCUACACCGACACUUCAUUCCAUCUUCAAUCACACUUUCUUUGUCAUCUCCUGCUAUUCUGCACUGCCUCUUCUGUCCUCCCCCCCAUUCUAUAUCUUUCCCUUGUGGAUGGUUUUGCGUUCGGCUCCCAUGUUUGUGGGGGGACCUCUUGUCUCCUGUAGAUACGUGGUCACCAUGUGGCUCAGCUGGACCCCCUUGGAAUUAUGGACGCUGAUCUGGAUUCGUGCGUUCCCACUGACAUUAUAACAUCAUCGGAUAAACUCGGUUUCUAUGGGCUGGAUGAGUCUGAUCUGGAUAAAGUGUUCCGCUUGCCCACCACCACCUUUAUCGGGGGCAACGAGAGCGCUCUUCCCCUCAGAGAAAUCAUCCGCCGAUUGGAAAUGGCGUAUUGCCAGCAUAUAGGGGUUGAGUUUAUGUUCAUCAAUGACCUGGACCAGUGCCAGUGGAUCAGACAGAAGAUUGAGAGACCUGGAAUCAUGCAGUUCAGCCUGGAGGAGAAGAGAACGCUGCUGGCUCGCAUGGUCCGCUCCACCAGGUUUGAGGAGUUCCUGCAGAGGAAAUGGUCAUCUGAGAAGCGCUUCGGUCUGGAGGGUUGUGAGAGUCUGAUCCCUGCACUCAAAACCAUCAUCGACAAAUCCAGCGAGAACGGAGUCGAUGCGGUUAUCAUGGGCAUGCCUCACAGAGGGCGUUUGAACGUGCUUGCCAAUGUGAUCCGUAAAGAACUGGAGCAGAUUUUCUGCCAGUUUGACUCGAAACUGGAGGCUGCUGAUGAGGGAUCAGGAGAUGUCAAGUACCACUUGGGGAUGUACCACAGGAGGAUAAAUCGUGUGACUGACAGGAAUAUUACCCUCUCAUUGGUGGCCAACCCUUCCCAUCUAGAAGCAGUGAACCCAGUGGUACAGGGAAAGACCAAAGCAGAUCAGUUCUACUGUGGAGACACAGAAGGCAACCGGGUGAUGUCCAUUCUGCUCCAUGGUGAUGCUGCAUUCGCAGGUCAGGGCAUUGUCUAUGAAACCUUCCAUUUGAGCGAUCUGCCUUCCUACACCACACAUGGCACUGUGCACGUGGUGGUCAACAACCAGAUCGGUUUCACCACAGAUCCUCGUGUGGCACGCUCCUCUCCAUACCCCACUGAUGUUGCCCGUGUGGUUAACGCCCCCAUAUUCCAUGUCAACGCUGAUGACCCUGAAGCUGUAAUGUACGUGUGUAAAGUGGCCGCAGAGUGGAGAGCCACCUUCCACAAAGAUGUUGUGGUGGACUUGGUGUGUUACCGACGUAACGGCCACAAUGAGAUGGAUGAGCCGAUGUUCACCCAGCCCCUGAUGUACAAACAGAUCAAGAAGCAGAAAGGAGUCCUACAGAAAUAUGCAGAGAAGCUCAUCGCCGAAGGUGCCGUCUCCCGACAGGAGUAUGAGGAAGAGAUUGCCAAGUAUGAUAAAAUCUGUGAGGAAGCUCAUGCUCGCUCAAAGGAUGAGAAGAUCCUUCACAUCAAGCACUGGCUGGACUCCCCCUGGCCAGGUUUUUUCACUCUGGAUGGCCAGCCCAAGAGUAUGAGCUGUCCAUCUACUGGCCUGUCAGAGGAGGAGCUGAGCCACAUUGGACAAGUGGCAUCAUCAGUACCUGUGGAGGACUUUACCAUUCAUGGAGGUCUCAGUCGUAUUUUGAAGAGUCGUGCUGAAAUGAUCAAGAACAGGACAGUGGACUGGGCUUUGGGGGAGUACCUGGCCUUUGGCUCUCUGCUCAAGGAGGGCAUCCAUGUGCGCCUUAGUGGCCAAGAUGUAGAGAGAGGAACCUUCAGUCACCGUCACCAUGUGCUCCACGAUCAGAAUGUAGAUAAGAGGAUCUGCAUCCCCAUGAAUCACAUGUCCCCUAACCAAGCCCCUUACACUGUCUGCAACAGCUCUCUGUCUGAGUAUGGAGUACUAGGUUUUGAGUUAGGCUUUGCCAUGGCCAGUCCUAAUGCCCUGGUUCUAUGGGAGGCCCAGUUUGGAGACUUCCAUAACACAGCUCAGGGUAUCAUAGACCAGUUCAUCUGCCCUGGCCAAGCUAAAUGGGUUCGUCAGAAUGGCAUUGUCUUACUACUGCCACAUGGCAUGGAGGGCAUGGGUCCAGAACACUCAUCUGCCCGUCCUGAACGCUUCCUGCAGAUGUGUAACGAUGACCCUGACUUUAACCCUAAAAUCACAGAUGACUUUGAGGUUCGUCAGCUGUAUGACUGUAACUGGAUUGUCGUGAACUGUUCAACUCCCGCCAACUAUUUCCAUGUGAUGAGGAGGCAGAUCCUCCUUCCCUUCAGGAAACCUCUCAUUAUUUUCACCCCCAAAUCUCUGCUGCGUCAUCCGGAGGCCAAGUCUAACUUUGACCAGAUGCUACCAGGCACUAAUUUCCAGCGUGUGAUCCCAGAGGAUGGAGUCGCAGCCCAAAACCCCUCAGAGGUCAAACGCAUCAUCUUCUGUACAGGAAAGGUCUACUAUGAGCUCACACGAGAACGCAAAGCGCACAAUAUGGAGAACACUGUGGCUAUCACUCGCAUUGAGCAGCUCUCUCCGUUCCCUUUUGACCUGGUGAAGGCUGAGACUGAGAAAUAUCCCAACGCUGACCUGGUCUGGUGUCAAGAGGAGCACAAAAACCAGGGUUACUAUGACUACGUCAAGCCCCGCAUGCGCACCACCAUCGAUCGUGCCAAGCCUGUCUGGUACGCUGGCCGUGAUCCUGCUGCUGCUCCUGCCACUGGAAACAAGAACACCCAUCUUCUGGAGCUGAAGCGUUUCUGUGACACUGCCUUCAACCUGGACGCCUUCAAAGACCAUAUUUAAAUCUAUCCGAAAAUCAACAAAGAAAACUAAUACUCACAAACACCCAAUUCCUCAUCAACCAAAAACUGCAUUUUUUUAUUGAUCCCAAAAAUGAAUAGAGAUUGCAGAAUGCAGUUUCAUUAUUGUGACAUAGACAUACACUCUCACGAUUGUGUGGUUACAUCAGACCAAGCUCUCUCCUGCAUGUAUCUGAAAUUUUAGUUUAACAUUUCAGUUGUUCAUUUAAAGCAUUUGAUGCCAGUGUUUCCCAGUGAAACAACACCAAAAAAUAAGACACAUGAAGGGCAAGAGGUAAAAAUCAACAGGGGUUGUUUUUAAUAGACAAACCUAAUAACAUAUGAAAUAUACCUUAAAUAUUUUCAACCAAAGCACAGUCCCAGUCCUGUUGAUAAGAACUUUCUUAUAUGUUAAAUCUGUUGCUUCUGAACUAAUUGUUGAGAGGCUUAAUGUCAUGACAGUUGGUGGACAGUUUUCUGAGUGCUUCUUGCAUCUCAACUCUCAACAGCUGAAUGGCUUUACAUUGUAUGUUUGUGGUUUCUUUUCUGUGAGUUGUUUUGCUUUAUGUAUAGACAAUUCUGGGCUAAAUUCAAAAUAAGGGUAAAUGUUGGCAGAUACAUUUGCAGUGUCUCGUUAGUAGGCAAGAUUGUAAAAUAAGUGGUAAAAACAACACUUUAUCUGUACCUUUGCACUGUUUUCUAUAAGAGGGGGAAAAAACAGUUGGUUCUCUGAAAGUUGGUGUUGCAUUUGUAUGAUUGUAUGUAUGUAAAUUACUUUGUACUCAGAGGUGGAAAGGCAUGACGUUAAGAUCAGGAUGGUGUGCAAAAUUCUUGGUUGUAUGUGCCUAUGUUCAGGCAUUUUGGCUCUGAUCUGUUAUCAUUUGUCUAAAGAUUACACUGCAAUCGGUGAUGUAGCCUGGUGCAGACUUAAAAUAACCCCACAAAUCCUUCUUUUGCCAUCUGAUAACUUGUGCCAUAAAAGCCCAACUCAGCUGCAGGAAGACACAAAAUGGCCAGCAGGACAAUAAGAUAAAGAUUUACCUGUUUGUGGUUUCUCUUUUAAAUAGAAACAGGAAUUCACAUCCUUUUGGCUCUUUCAAAGAGAAAGCAAAUUAUUUUAUUUUUGUUUUCCGAGUAUUAAGAAUGUGUCCUCGUAACGGUUUAGCUUCACACAAUAAACUCAUCUUCUCAAA